GGGGUGGGGGGUUUAGGCUAGCGUAAAUAAAUUAGAGAAACUCAUAUCGAGCACUAGAGAGGAGAGAGGAACUGAUGCACACUCACGCAACACCUGGAGCAAGAAAAUGUGAAGCACUCAAGGGAACGACAGCGUCACAUUCAUCAGCACAGCUUGUCAUUUGUGGAGGAAUGCUUGCUUUUCGUACACUCUGCAAACCUAUAGGCAGGACCAGAGGCUUUGUGGAGGCGAGACAGUUACCUGCUGUUUCUCACACGAGACCGGUGUGAUGGCUGCUUCCAUACAGAAAGGGAUCUACAGGCUGUGUGUCACAGGAAGAGUGAUUUAGACUCUCUUCUUGGCUGCACCCUCAUCACGACCCCACUGGAUGUUCUCUUGAUGUAUUGCUGUGGUCUGGGACACUGGCGGAGAGAACAGUCCACCUAUGGUUCGGCGGACCGUCACGACUCAGGUUCCACUGAGGAAAAGGAGAAGAAUGCUCAAGUUCAGCUGGAUAAGGCCAAGUUUAAGCCUGUUGCCUUUGCCGUUCGAACAAAUUUCACUUACGCUCCGGCGGAUGACGACAACGUCCCCAUACCAGGUCACGGGGUUUCCUUUGAAGCCAAAGACUUCCUACAUAUCAAAGAGAAGUUUAAUAAUGACUGGUGGAUUGGGCGGCCUGUAAAAGAAGGCGGAGAGGUCGGUUUUAUCCCCAGCCCAGUGAACCUUGAGACCAUUCUGAUCAGAAGAGAGGUGCAUGCCAGGAAAGCUGCCAAAGCAUUGGCCAAUAAAGCAGCUAGUGCUGCCAAAGAUGAUUUGAAUGCAAAGAAAGCGGCUCCACCACCAACAGUUCAGCAAGUGAAAAAGAAAUCGGGAGAGCAGCUGGCUGCAUAUGAUGUUGUGCCUUCCAUGCGUCCUGUGGUGCUCAUGGGGCCUUCACUUAAGGGCUAUGAGGUUACAGACAUGAUGCAAAAAGCUCUCUUUGAUUUUUUAAAACACAGAUUUGAGGGAAGAAUAACUAUCACUCGGGUGACAGCAGACAUUGCACUUGCCAAGCGGUCGAUCCUUAACAACCCCAGCAAACACGCCAUAAUGGAUCGAUCACACACACGCUCUAAUUUAGCCCAGAUCCAAGGGGAGGUUGAGAGGAUUUUUGAGUUGGCUCGCAGUCUACAGCUUGUGGUUCUGGAUGCAGACACCAUUAACCAUCCUUUGCAACUUAGCAAGACCUCUUUGGCACCCAUUCUGGUUUAUGUCAAGAUUUCAUCACCAAAGGUUCUCACAAGAUUGAUAAAGACCAGGGGCAAAUCUCAAACGAAACAUCUGAAUGUUCAGAUGGUGGCUGCCGAUAAACUGGCCCAGUGUCCUAAUGAACUAUUUGAUGUCAUCUUGGAUGAGAAUCAGCUCUCAGAUGCCUGUGAGCACAUUGCUGACUACCUGGAGGCCUACUGGAGAGCCACCCACCCUCCUGAAAUGGAGCCAGCCAACCCCAUGCUGGAGAAACUGGCAGAAAACACACUCCCUGCCAGCCCUACACCUGCUAAGGAGGAACAGCAAAGCAAGAAAGCAGCUGCAACUAAGAGAAAGGGAUCUCAAGAGCCUCAGCAGGCUCCUCUGUCCCAUCCCCAGGAGCCGAAAGAGGAAGAAGAGGAGGACGAAGAAGUGCAAGAAGAAGAAGAAGCAGAGGAAGAGGAGAGGCUUCUUCGUAGUGAGCCAAAGAAACACAGCCAUCACCACCACCAUCAUCACCAUCGCUCCAGCACAAAUCGAACUGAACACCAUAACAAACACCAGCACCACGUGCGCCACCAGCAGCCCCCCAACAUGGAGCUGCACCCCACUAAAGACUCCCGGAGCAGGCGCACGCCCCUGGAUGAGGGCGACCCGGACCAACCCGAGGUCUGCCACAACAGGACCACAACCCACAGGGACCAUAACCACCACCAUCACAACCACCGUCAUCAUCAUCACCAUCACAGGACAGCAGACAUCCCUGUGGAUUUUUCGCACCACGGACAGCCGGAGUACGAGCUGGAGCACAAUGAACGUAACAGACAGCAGAGACACCAGAGCCAGCUGCGCUCACGCCAUGAUCAACGCUACGCUCACCUGCAUCACACAGGAAAUCACUACCCGUACCAGCGGGACAGAGACAGGUGUGCGGAGACAGAAGAAUGGACAGAAGAUAGGUACAUUCAUCAUUGAGAGGGUCUGGAUAUGUUAUUUUAAUGCUGCUAGGUGAAAUGCUGGCAACUGUGUACUCAGGAUAAUACGGUCUCACUGUCUCUCUCUUUAUCUGUUGAUACCGCUGCAUGAGCCUCCUCUGGUUGACAUCUUGCAUCUCUCUUGAUAAUUCUGUGCUCCUCAGGCUUAUUUUCUACCGUGGACAUUAAGAUUAGUGCAAUAUGAAGCCUCCCUUUUUAAAGUAAUAGAUUUGGCUAUCUUUGGUUAUUUAUUACAGAUGUCCACAUACUUUUGACCACAUGCUGUUUUUUAGUGAUUACUAAGUGAUGACAGUUUGAUCCCCCAAUCAUAAAUCCAUGAUUGCAUCCUUGCUUGUUACCAUCAUAAAUCUUACUGUGAAACGCACAUACUGUAUGCAAACAGAUGUCAUCAUCUUUGUGGACUUUUGGGAUGUACAUAUUCAAUAUAUAGCAUCCCAGCAAAAUAUGAUUUUAAACUGUGGCCUCUGACAAAGAAGGGAUAUGACUUUUGAUUUUUCUUUUGUGUGUGUUUGUUUUAAUCAGUCAUAAGCUACUGAGGAACCUGUGUUACUAAAGGAGGUGUGGGUAAUGAGAAAACAUUGGAGAAAUAAAUUAUUGUAAACACAGGAAAUGAA